GAAACAACACAGCUAAUGUUCAAACAACUGAACCUCCUGCAGAGAGGCCUCCUUUAUGUGAUGCUUCAACACCACGUUGCUUGACUUCAUCUCACACAUUUAUCCUGAUCAUCUUCAAUCAGUGUAUUCCACCAUGUUCCAGAGUCCUGAUGGAACUCCACCUUAAACACUUCUCCUCUCUCAGAUUUAUUCCCACAGGCUCUGAAACCUGCAGUCAUCAAACCACUCUUAAAGAACAACCCAGGCGCUUCACUAAUGAACAUUUAAAGGCCGAGUAAAAGAAUUGAAAAGUUGUUUCCAACAGUUAAAAGUCUUCAUUGGCACUUAAUAACUGUUUGGAUGUGUUCCAGUCACCACAGCACUGAGACUGCUCUUGUUCAGGGCUUUAAUGACAUCCACUGAAACACAGACCGUGGCAGAAUCUCAGUGUCAGUGUUAUCAGAUCUCAGCGCUGCAUUUGACUCUGUGGACCACAACACAUUACUAGACCCACUGGAGAACUGUGGGGGACUUUCAUUGGUCUGAAUCCUCCAUAAAGGAGAGGGGAACUCUGUUUCUACAGGUAACUCCACAAGUGAGUUAACUCAUCUGACCUGUGGGGUUCCUCAAGGCUCCAUCCUGGGGCCUCUUGUCUUUAACAUCUACAUGCUACCACUGGCUCAGAUAAUGGAUAACAAUGAAAUCAGUUACCACAGCUAUGCAGACGACACACACGUGGUUGUGACCACGAUAUCCAUUAGUUUGAUUCUUUCCUCUGGGAUUCACUCCUGGGCUGAUAAAGGAAUAUGCGAUUGUUGAGACUAAAAGCUAUGUCCAGAUGCGAUUGAAAAAUAAAAUAUUCUUCUUCAUUUCAAGGUGAUGCAGAAAUAAAUGAACAUUUUCAAACAAACUAUUCCUUACAUAAACUGGUACUUUAAAUGCUAAAAGGAGAAAUAAGGAACCAAGCCACAGUGUCACACACUCCCAAUAAGGUCUACAGACUAUGCUUCAAUCAGCCACACCACACUGCUGCAAACCCGACCUGCAGGAGUUACACACUCCACUUCAAUAAAUAGUACACACCACACAAUCUCAUGCUGUUGAUCUAGUCGAAACUUAUCAAGUGAUAUCAAUUAUGGAAAUGUGUCCUACAUAACCUCUAAUUGUAUUUUGGAAUAACACAACAAAUGUUGUGUGUGCUUUUACUCAUCCUUGCUACAUGAGGCCAUCAAGCCAUCAGCUGAAGAAGACUCUUUGCUGCGUCACUCUUCACAAUCUGUCUGUGGUUUCAUGUGGUGUUCCACAGGGUUCAAUCCUAGGUCCUCUCACUUUGUAACUGGAUUCAGUUUAUCUCCAAGCACAAUGUGAUCGUAGCUUCAAUUGGAACAGCAGCUUGUGUUGUUGUGGUGUUCAGGACCUUUAUAAUGUGGAGUGAUGAAGGAAUAUUCAGAAAACAAUGAAACACCUGCAGCUGGUACAACAUGCUGCUAGCAGUCUGAUCACCAGGAGGAAGUGAGAGAAGAGAAGUACAGAUCUGAGAGGAGACAGAGAGAUUCAGGGAGGAGCUAAGAUGUUCCUGAACUACAGAAGAGAGAGGAACUUCCAUAUUCACCAGAGAUCAACACAGACCAUCAUCAUCAUCAGAGAUCAACACAGACCAUCAUCAUCAUCACCAGAGAUCAACACAGACCAUCAUCAUCACCAGAGAUCAACACAGACCAUCAUCAUCAUCACCAGAGAUCAACACAGACCAUCAUCAUCAUCACCAGAGAUCAACACAGACCAUCAUCAUCAUCACCAGAGAUCAACACAGACCAUCAUCAUCAUCACCAGAGAUCAACACAGACCAUCAUCAUCAUCACCAGAGAUCAACACAGACCAUCAUCAUCUUCACCAGAGAUCAACACAGACCAUCAUCAUCAUCACCUUCAUCAUCAUGCUGUCAUUAGACUAUUGUUUACAUUCCCUUCUGUUAGUCUCCAUUCUAAGAGGCGUCAGCGGUGAAGAUCUCUCUCCAUUACAGACAGAAGAGUUCAGGUCAGAAGGCAGCACUGUUACUCUGUCCUACAGAUACUCCAAAACUAUAACAGCUAAUGAAUAUUUCUACUGGUAUCGACAAUAUCCAGGAGAACCACCAGAGUCUAUUCUCUACAUCUCUACAACUUCUACAAGACUAGCAGACUCUCUGAAAUCAGACAAAAGGUUCUCUUCUAAACUGUCUGAAGGAAGGAACAUCGAUCUGCAGAUCUCCUCUGCUGCAGUGACAGACUCUGCUGUGUACUACUGUGCUGUGCAGCCCACAGUGACAGGAAACACCAACACUCUGUACAAAAACACCAGCUGACACACUGACAAGCUGCUGGAAGCCUUUUCUCCACACUGGUGUACUGAGCUGUUCACCUCCACUAGAGGGCCACAUCAUCAAGUAGGCGGUGCACGACUUCUGCACUGUGUUCAACCAUUCAGUCAAUAAUAAGUGCUGCUGUGAAGAGAACAAUCCUCACCCUGAAUGCUGAGCAUCAGCUACUUCCUGCUGCUGAUUUAAACCUUGUUGUAGAGAUGGAACAUUGGCUGUGGAUUAUUCUUGCUGCUCUCUCCUUUGAGUGUAAAGGACAAGACACAGUGACCCAGCCAGCAGGAGAAGUGAGCGCUGCUGAAGGAGACACACUUACACUUGACUGCACAUUUAAGAGCCUACUGACCAUCCCUAUCUGUUCUGGUACAAACAAGAAGUCAAUGGUUACCCAAAGUACAUGCUGAAGAGAUUCUCAGGAAAGUGAAGAUAAUGCUCCAGAGUUCCAGAAAGACAGGUUUGAUGCUUCAAUCAACAAGACAUCAGUUCCUCUGCAGAUCUCCUCUGCUGCAGUGACAGACUCUGCUGUGUACUACUGUGCUCUGAGG